UAAAUUUUCUGCAAUUUUUCGCUAAAGUCGCCCUAUAUAUAAAUCCGUGGAACCACAAACACUAACAGUUGAGAUUUCGUCAACAAACCGUCUACGAUGUCAACGAAAACCGUCUUCUUAGCACUGGUGGCCGUCUGCUCUGGAGUAGAAUUCCAGAUAAAGAACCCAGGCAACUCCGACAUUUGGAUUGGAAUCCAGGCCAAUCCUGGCCAUCCUCUACUAAACAAUGGCGGUUUUGAUCUUCCAGCAGGACAACAGGUUUCUGUGCAAGCCCCCGAAGACUGGGCUGGUCGCUUCUGGGGUCGAACAGGCUGCGACCCCAACUCCAACCACUGCGAAACCGGCGACUGUGGCAACAAACUGGAGUGCAACGGGGCUGGAGGUGCACCCCCUGCAACUCUGGUGGAAAUCACCCUCAAAGGAGACCAAGGGCUCGACUUCUACGACGUUUCGUUAGUCGAUGGGUUUAACACCGUAGCUUCCAUCGAACCCAUCGGUGGUCAAGGUGACGGCAGCCAGUACAGUUGCAAGAAAGACGCUUGCUUGAAUAACGACGUAAUCAAUCAGUGUCCAGAUGCAUUACAAGUUAAGAAUGGUCAAGGGACUGUGAUUGCUUGUAAUUCCGCUUGUAAUGCUUUUAAUACUGAUCAGUAUUGUUGUCGUGGGGCUUAUGGUACUCCUGAGACGUGCAAGUCUGAGACGUGGCCUGAGAAUUACCCCAAGUUCUUCAAGGAUCGGUGUCCGGAUGCCUACAGCUAUGCGUAUGAUGAUCACAAGAGUACUUUUACUUGUAAAGCUGAGACUUAUUUGGUCACGUUUGGUGGUUAAAUGAGAAGCGUAUUCAAUACUUAUGUAAAUAUUUUUUACUAAGUUUCGUUUCAAUAUAGAGAUAUUAAAAGCAAA